UUGGAGGAUGUAAUCGUUCGUUCUGUCUUUAUGCAGAAGUAGGCCUGACUCGGUGAAGGAUGGGAAAGAGGUGGGGUUAAAAAACAACAUCUGCUUUAUUUAAGUGUUACUGCACUGUGUGCCGUGGUGGUGGUGGUGGUCUACAUAUCGAAGUAUUUCAACAUUACUUCAUGCACCUGUUUUGGUUUUGAACCUUUUUGCUUUGUCCUUGGAUAUAAAUGACUGAUUGCCAAAUGGUUUCCUCAGAUUUUACAACAGAAGAGAAGAUGGAGAUUGAGAGCAUUAAGACGUAUAAGAAAGAUCUUCUGGAUGAUAUUCAGAAGUUAAAGAUGGAGAUAGACAACAUCAUGGCAGGUAUACUCAGCUUCGAGUCUGGAGAGGAAAACAAGACCAUGGAGAAGAGCAAACAGUUCUCAAAUGGAAAGAAAAAGUUCAACAUGGACCCCAAAAAGGGCAUCAAUUACCUGGUGGAGAACAAGCUGUUGGAUAAUUAUGCUCAAUCCAUCGCUGAGUUCCUCUACAAGGAGGAGGGUCUCAACAAGACAGCCAUUGGAGAAUUCCUCGGAGAAAGGGAGGAGCUCCACCUCCAGACCCUGAAGGCCUUUGUGGAGCUGCACGAAUUCUCCGACCUCAAUCUGGUGCAGGCCCUCAGACAGUUCCUGUGGAGUUUCCGGCUGCCUGGUGAAGCUCAGAAGAUCGACCGCAUGAUGGAGGCCUUCGCUACACGCUACUGCGACUGCAACGCUCAGGUCUUCCAGUCCACAGACACAUGCUACAUCCUGUCCUUUGCCAUCAUCAUGCUCAACACCAGCCUCCACAACCCCAACGUGAAGGACAAGACCCCCCUGGAGCGCUUCAUCUCCAUGAACAGAGGCAUCAACAACGGGGAGGAUCUACCCAAUGACCUGCUCUCGAAACUUUACGAGAGCAUUCGCAACGAGCCCUUCAAAAUCCCAGAGGAUGAUGGGAAUGAUCUGACUCACACCUUCUUCAACCCGGACAGAGAAGGCUGGCUCCUCAAACUCGGAGGUCGGGUAAAGACGUGGAAGAGGCGAUGGUUCAUCCUGACCGACAACUGCCUCUACUACUUUGAGUUCACCACUGAUAAAGAGCCCAGAGGCAUCAUCCCUCUGGAGAACCUUUGUGUGAGGGAGGUGCCGUAUCCGCGCAAACCGUACUGUCUGGAGCUGUACAACCCCAACAGUCGAGGGCAGAAGAUCAAGGCGUGUAAAACAGAGACGGACGGCCGAGUGGUGGAGGGGAAGCACCAGUCAUACACCAUCUGUGCCGCCGGCGCAGAGGAGAGGGACUCUUGGAUCGAGGCCAUCAGGGCGAGCAUCACCAAGGAUCCGUUCUAUGACUUGGUCUCAGUCCGUAAGAAGAAAGUGAUAAACCAAGCUCCUCAGGACUGAGCCCCCCCCCCCCCCCCCACACACACACACACACACACACAUCUGCAUGGACUUAAUAGUACCUCCCCAAAGUGGGUUCAGCCCCCACCACCGAGUAACACAACUGAGCGAGAACACUGGAUGCUAAAAAGAAUGACUUCUCUUUCCACUUCCCUUUUUUUACAGACUGAACCGAAGCGUGUCAGAGAUGAAAACGUUGACUCAUUUUGUUGAGAGUUAUAUCUUCUGCCAUCUUUGUCGAUAUCCAGCUCCGACAGUUCUAGUUUUUACAAAGAGGGAGAGAAAUUAAGCAUCUGUUGUCCGGGCAGAGCAUGCUUUGAAAAGGGAAGAUUAUUCAAAACGGUUCUCACAAGGCUCAGAGAUGGACACUUAUAAGUAACUUCAGCUUUAUUUACGUCCAGCUGAUCUUUAUUUCGACGCAACUCUUCCUGUCUCUUGGCUUGAGCUUCAUUUUGUAAAUACUGAUCAAUUUUUAAGCAUUCAAGAUAAACAUGUUGAUGUUUUUGUACUAUUUCAGGGACUUCUAAACGUAGUAUUGCUGUUUAAAUGCACGGUUCUUGUUCUAAUCAGACCUAACCUGUAAUAUUUGACUCACCUUUAUAGCACGGUGCAAUAAGUGCAAUAAACAUGUGUUUUGUUUUUAUUUGAUCACAAUGCAUACACUGUAAUAUAUGAAAGGAAUUGUUCAGCUGUUUUGUGUUCAGUGUUAUAAGUAUUGUUGUUUUUCUAUCAUGAUUUAUUUAAUAAAAGGUUUCGGUGA